CCUUGGUUUGAUUUUGUAUCCAUUCGGAUACAUAGAUUUCAAUGAUAAUCUGUUUUUAUGAGAACUAGUUUUAUAAAGUUCUGAAUGCUCGUGUGUCCAUUUGGAUUCAUUGUGCGAUAGCUGAGGCUAUCUAGCGGUCUCUAGGAGAACUAAUUCGUUCAAAUUUUCAAAAUGGACGACUGCCGAUCCAAUGCACGUGUACAUGGGGUGGCAACACAGUUCAAUGGACGCACCCAAAAAAUUGUUGAAUUGGCUCAGCUCAACAAUAUAUUCGUUCCUGAUCCAGAUAUUUCUGAAGAGAGUGAUGUGGAUAUUGAAGAAAUGGACAAUCAAUUCCAGGAAAAAGAUUCAGAUCAAAGUUCUCUUCCACCAACAUUGUCUUCAUCUCUCCAAGAUUUAUUGGCUGAGUUGGAAGAAGAGGAACAACAAGGUAAGGUGCCUGAUCUAUCUAAUAUCAAUCUGGAUAAUAUUUUGGAAGAGGAUCUCAAUGAAAUAGUUCGGCCAACUGAUAACAUGCCAGCUUCAUCCAGUUUCAAUAUGGAUGACAGCAAUACAACUGCUAUUACAUAUGCCUCUUCUUCUUCUUCUUGCAAACGGAAAAGGCAAUGUAAAUCAUCAGCAAAUAAAGAAACUAAGAAGAGAAAGUUACCUUCAAAACAGAUCUGCAAGAAUACAUUCAACUUCACUAGAGAUCCAUUCAAUGGAAAUAUUGAUAAUGUUCUAGAAGAUAAAUUUGAUGUACCUCAAGAGAUCCCAACAGAGACAGAUUAUUUUUAUAAAAUGUUCUCUGAAGAUAUAUUCGAACUUAUUGUUUUGAGAACAAACCAACGGUCUGUCCAUGAGACUGGGGCUUCAAUAAACACAACAAAAGCUGAAAUAAAGGAUUUCAUAGCAAUUCAUUUGCUGAUGGGAGUCAUUCAAUUGCCGUCCUACUUGGAUUAUUGGAGUAGGCAAUUUCGAGUUCCCAAGAUUGCAGAUGUCAUGCCUCUGAAACGUUAUCAGAAACUGAGAAAGUAUGUGAGAUUUGUUGACCCUACAGAGACUUCAACUGAUAGGUACUUCAAAUUGAAACCAGUAAUUGACAUAAUAAGGAAGAAUUGUCGUAAUAUUGUGAAUGAAAAGCAGCAGUCAAUAGAUGAGAUGAUGGCACCCUUCAAAGGAACACGUGCUGGAUCACGGAAACAAUAUAUCAAAUCAAAGCCCCAUAAAUGGGGUUUUAAAAUAUUUGUUCGAUCAGGUGUUUCUGGAAUCGUCUAUGACUUCAUUGUUUAUGGAGAAGAAAUUUCAUUGCCAGGAAUAGAGGAAGAGUUUGGACUUGGAGGUAAAGUUAUUCUCAAAUUAUGCAAGACCAUUCCUGAACCUUGCUUGACAGCAAUUUAUUUUGAUAAUUUCUUCACGUCUUUGGAGCUAUUGCAUUACCUCAGAGAGACAUAUGGGAUUUUAGCGCUUGGAACAAUUAGAAGUAAUCGACUUCGUGGAUGUGAGAUUGGAAUGAAAGAGAAGAAAAGUUGA